AUGGAGAGUUUCAUAAACAACUCAUUAUCAAGGCCGAUUCAUGUGUAUCUAAGUUUUAAAGGAGAUGAUGAAAGCUGCGAAUUCACAGAUAGGCUUUGGGCUUCUCUAGAAACUGACGAUUUAAAUACAUUUUGGGAUGGCAAGAAACUCGAGACAGGUUUUUCUAGCAUUCCGCAUCACUUUCUCAAAGCAAUUCAACAGUCAUGUGUUUCCAUUGUCGUCUUCUCCAGAAACUAUGCCUCUUCUAUAUGGUGCCUUGAGGAACUUUCUAAGAUUGCUGAGCGCAUUCAUGAACCACGAUAUACUAUUCUCCCAAUCUUCUAUGAUGUAGAUCCAUCUGAGGUACAAAACCAGAGUAAUUCUUUCCAGCAAGCUUUCGUUGAUCAUGAACAGAGGUUUGCAGCAAAUUUACGCAAAGUACACACCUGGAGUUUAGCGAUGAAACGAGUGGCCAAUCUCUUUGGUUGGCAUGUACAGCAUGAGUUAGGGCCACAAGUUAUUGAUGAUAUCAUAAUAAAGGUCAAGAGAAGAAUGCGUGAAUUAGUUUAUGUUGACGUAGAUCUGGUAGGGAUGAAAUCUCGGGUGAAUGACGUAGAAAAACUUCUCGACUUGGGUUCAAAUGAUGGGGUUCGAGUUCUGGGCAUUUGUGGAAUGGGCGGAAUAGGGAAGACAACUCUUGCCCGAGUUCUAUAUGAUAGGAUCUCUUACCGCUUUGAUGCUUGUUAUUUUCUACCUAACCUAUCUGAAUUUUAUACCAGGAGACUAGCAUGUGGAAAGAUUAUUCUCAUGAUUCUCGAUGGCAUUGAUAAGAACCAAAAUCUAAUGCCCCUAAUCAAGCCUAUAAGAACUAAUUGGUUAGGUGGAGGAAGUAGAAUUAUCAUAACAACCAGAGAUGAAAGAGUCCUUAAAAUCUUUGGGAAGUAUGAUAUCUAUCGGGUUAAUCCAUUGGCCAAGGAUGAAGCUCUUAAAUUAUUUUGCAGAAAAGCUUUCAAAUGUGAUCUUCAUGCCAGAGAUUAUGAGCAGCAAAUAAAUAGUGUACUCCAAUUUGCUAAUGGCCUUCCAUUAGCAAUUAUGAUAUUGGGCUCAUUAUUGUAUAAUAGAAGAGUCUCAGAAUGGGGAAGUACUUGGGUUGAAAUAAAAAAGGUUGCUACCCAGAUGAUCAUGAAGGUACUCAAAAAGAGUUUUGAUGAACUGGAUCGUGACAGCAAGGAAAUAUUUCUCGACAUUGCUUGUUUUUUCAGAGGGAAGAAGAUUAAACAUGUAAAAGGAAUUUUAAAUAGUUAUAGAUUUCUUGAUCAAAAGAAAAAUACCCCAGUGAAGGAGGAAAUACAACUUUUAAUUGAAACAUCACUCAUAACCAUUAUAGAUCAAAAAAUAGAAAUGCAUGGUCUAUUGCAAGAAAUGGGAAGAGAAAUUGUUCAGCUUAAUUUCCCUUCCAUGCCAGAAAGGUGGAGUAGAUUGUGGGAUUUCAAUGAUAUUUUUCGUGUUAUGCAAAAUGACACAGCUUCCCGAGUAGUUCAAGCAAUAGUCCUGGAUUUAGAAGAUUCACAGCAAAGGGCAUUAAGGGUCCAAGCUUUAUCAAAUAUGGGCAAUCUUAAACUACUCAUAUUUCGUAACGUUAAGUUUUGUGGAUCCCUCAAGCAUCUUUCAAAUGAGCUUCGAUAUGUUUCAUGGCACCAGUAUCCUUUCCCUUGUUUACCGUCAAGUUUUGUGCCACAUAAUCUCAUUGAAUUGAUUUUGCCUGAUAGCUCCAUCACAAACAUAUGGGAAGGAGAAAAGGCACCAGAUAGCUCCAUCAUAAAUACAAGGGCAGUAAAACCAAAAGUAGCUGUAUGCUAA